CAACAGAUUUAUUUAAAAUACCUUUUUUACUGAAGGUCGUGCUUUUGGUUCUCUUCUUGGGGGAUUUCUGGUGCAAAACUUCGGAUUUCGACAUACCUUCCAAUACUUUGCUUACGGAAGUGCUGCAUGUGGAACUUUCUAUGCCUUGAUGUAUGUACUAUGGCUUCGAAAGUGGAGAAAGACUCACAGAAAAGUAUCUGAUGAUGAUCGAAGAAAAAGCUCUCUUCCGGACGAAAUGGAAAUUGAAACUUUGAAAACCCAAGCCUUUUCAAGUAUAUCUAUGCACUGUAGUUUUGACAGCCCAACAAUUGUUUCCUAUCUGCUAGAUUCCAAAGAGAUGGAGAUUCGACGCCGAGCUAUGAGCCACAUCCCUAUUUCCCCGAUGAGCAGUUUUGGUAAAUCUGAUAUUAUUCCACGACAAGCAAUGAGCUUCUCUGAGGGAAAUCCACCACGUUCUCUGCCAAGUCUUUUAGAAGUACCGCAGUUUAACCAAAACAAUUCCCAGCUACAUGUUUCAUAUAAACAUGAUGAGGAUGGAUAUGUGGAAAUUACAAAAUUCUGAUAUUCUACCUGUCGUGUUGGUAUAUUUAUUACGGAAAAAUAUAUUCUUACAGUUAAAAAUUUUUGUAUUGAUCUGAACGUUUUACCUCUACAUACAUAUGUGAUGACAUGACAUAUGUGACAGAGACCAUAGAAACAUAUUUACACACUACAAAUUUUGAAAUAAUUUUGAGGUUUCGAAUCGAAUUUGAGUUUUUUCAAUGCAAAUGUAAUUUCUUUUAUUUUAUGUUCUCAAAAUUAAAUUAUGAAUUACUGUA